AUGGUGGUUUCGUUGGAUGACUACAACUUGAUCCUUGGCAAUGACUUUUUCAUCGCUGGCAAAGUGGCGAUAUUGCCACACUUAUUUGGACUGAUGAUCCAUGAUGAGAAGAAACCUUAUUUUGUUACAAGGUGCAACAUACCUUCGAAUGCUGGUGUUCGCGAACCAAAGAUGGAGAUGGUCUCCGCCAUGCAGUUGGCCCGUGGAUGGAAGUGGGGCCAAAUGACUUACGUUGCUGCUCUCAUUGAUGUGGGCCCUGAUGAGACAGCAGAGGUGCCAAAGGAGGUGGCUGAAAUUCUGCAGGAAUUUGAUGAUGUGAUGCCUUCGGAGUUGCCUAAAGGGCUGCCGCCUCGAUGUGCUAUGGACCACAAGAUUGAUCUUCAUAAAUCUGAGAGGCAUAAUCAAGUUGCUGAUGCCUUGAGUCGGAAAGGCAUCGUGGAAGUGGCUGCUGCCAUUUUCUCUGUUGAAGCAGACUUCACCGACAAGAUUCGGAUGGCGGCUCAGUUGGAUAAAGGCUAUCAAAAGUUACUUCAACAAGUUCGAGAUGCUGUGAUCCGGAGAUAUUGGGUUGAAGAGGGUCUAUUGAUGGGUAAAGGCAAUAGACUAUAUAUCCCUGAUGGCAAGGGACUAAGGAGACAACUCAUGAAGGAGUCCCAUGAUUCCCAGUGGGCGGGAUACCCGGAAAGGGAGCGCAUGAUGGCUCUCUUGUCCCGUACAUUCGUAUGGGCGAAGAUGGAGGAGGACAUUGAGACUUAUGUUCGGUCUUGCUUGGUGUGCCAACAAGACAAGGUGGAGAGGCACAAAGAGGCGGGUCUCCUACAACCAUUACCUAUUGCGAAGAAGCCAUAG